AUGUUUUGCCUUCUCCGCCCCCAUCGCUCCCUUCUCACCACCACAAAACUCUAUCCCAAGUCAUGCCCCGCAUCCUACAGCACCACCACCAACACCACUCUACGCAAAGUCGCAGCGCGCAUCCCGCCCGACUCCUGGGACUCGCACAUGCACGUCACAGACCCCCGCUACCCACUCGCUCCCAACGCCGCCUACACUCCGCCCCUACACACCCUCUCCGACGCCCUAGCCCUCACAUCAGGCGCGUACAACAUCCGCAACCUCGUCUUCGUCCAACCCUCCAUCUACGGCGCCGACAACAGCUGCCUCCUCUCCGCACUCCGAGAGCUAGGCCCGCAGCACGGCCGGGGCGUCGUCGGCAUCGACCCCAGCAACACCAGCGCCUCCACGAUGCACGAAUGGCACGCGCUCGGCGUCCGCGGCGUGAGGCUGAACCUCAAGUCGGUCGGGAGGGCGCCGGAUGUGGAGCAGCUGCGCGCGGAGCUGGUCUCGCACGCGGCCGCCAUCCCGCCCGCGCUGCGCGCCGGCGGCGGCGGCGGCUGGGUGCUGCAGGUCUACUGCUCGCUCGACGCCGUGCCGCUGCUCGAGCGCAUCGUGGUCGAUGAGAACGCUCUGCCUGCCGGCGUCAAGCUCUGCAUCGACCACUUUGGGCACCCGGCGAGCCUGCCGCCGUGGCCGCCAGCGUCAUCAGCAUCGUCAUCGGCGUUGGCAGGUUCGACGACGACGACGAAGACGACGGUCGAGACGCAGGGAUCUCCUUCUCAGCCGGACCCGUACGCGCUGCCCGGCUUCGCGGCGCUGAUGCGGCUGCUGCAGGCAGGCGGCACGUGGGUGAAGCUGAGCGCCGCGUAUCGGAUCGAGCAGGACGCGGGGCUGCCGUGGCUGGGGGCGAUGGCGAAGGAGCUGCUAGGCGUCAGGGGCGGUGGCAGGUGCGUCUUCGCGACCGACUGGCCGCACACGCGCUUCGAGGGCGUCGACGUGGAGCCGUUUGUGGAGAAGUGCUUGGAGUGGUGCGGCGGCGAUGCCGUGAAGGUGCAGAGGCUGUUUAGGGACAAUGCAGAGGAGCUGUGGGAUGUGGCACGGUAA